AGAAACACCAACCAUCUCCUAAACUUUGUAACCACAAAGACUCUCCUAGUAAUUAUAGUUAUAUUUCAUAAUAACUACAAUUAAAGAAUCUUUAACGAUUUUCUUUUAACUUCAAAAUUUUCACUUGUAAUAAUGGGCAGAUUUAUGUUCUCUUGUUCUGUUAUCAUAACCGUUUUGGUUUUCCAAGCAACGGCGGAGUCAGAAUUUUCUCGGCCACUCCCACGAAAGCUUAGAAUUGCAAAUCCACCAUUUUCAAGAGGUAGAAUGGCGGAGUUGUUGGUGGAAGGAGAAAAUGACAUUGGUGAAGGACCCUCCGGGGUCGAAGCCCCGGAGAGUGAUGAUAAUAUACUGAAAAUGAGGCAUCAUCAUUCUGCUGAUAAGUCUGUUGCUGGAGGAGGAGUCAUUAUUGGUGGACUUGUUACUGCUAUUUUUGCUGCUGUGUAUUGUUAUAUUAGAGUUACUAGAAAAAAAGAAAAUAUGUGAAUAUCAUACGUUAGGAAUUAGGAAAUUUAGUAUGUACUAUGGAUAAAAUGCAAAUUAAGGUGAUUUUAAGCUAAGUUGGCCUAUUCUCUUAUGUAUUAGAGGUCCCUAAAUAGUUGCUUUUUAUGAUUCCACCAAGGGGCGGAGCUACGAGACUAUCUAUGGGUCGAUAGAAUUCAGUAGCUUUGAUCUAAACAUUGUAUUUGUGUUUAAUGAUACACAACAUGUAUAAAUCAUCGCAUCACUUUUUAAUCU